AUUGUAAUAAUUUAAAAACCGUCACUCCCCUAAUGGUGUACGUAUUCAGUGAGGCAUUGAAAUCCUCAUUGUGCUGGUAGUGUUGCAGAAUCGUGGAGUUUUGGAUAGAGUUGCUUGCUGUUAAUUUUCAAAAGAAUUAUCUACCAAUCGUGAGUUGCCAGGAAAACUGUCAUAAAAUUAUAAGUAAUGGCUCAAUCACAGGGUGCACUGCUUCUAAAGAGACAGCUAAACGACUUGCAGAAAAAGCCAGUGGAAGGAUUCAGUGCUGGUUUGGUUGACGAUGAGAACUUGUUCGUUUGGGAAAUCAUAGUAAUUGGACCAGUCGACACAGUUUAUGAAGGAGGUUUCUUUAAAGCGCAUUUGAGUUUUCCCCAGGAGUAUCCUCAACGACCACCAAAGCUAAAAUUUAUAUCUGAAAUGUGGCAUCCCAAUGUUGGGAAAGACGGUUUAGUUUGUAUUUCGAUUCUGCAUGAACCUGGCGAGGAUAAAUUUGGAUACGAAAGGGCAGAAGAAAGAUGGCUCCCUAUACACACUGUUGAAUCUAUCAUGAGGAGUGUCAUAAGCAUGUUGUGCGACCCAAAUGCUGGUUCUCCUGCAAACGUGGAUGCAGCAAAGCAAUACAGAGAAAACUUUCCAGCUUUUAAAAAAGAAGUCACUCGGUUGGUUCGUUUAACUCAAGAGGCAUUGUAAACCAUAUUAUCUCAGGUCUGAUGCCGGAUUUUCAAAAUGGACAUGUUUGCAUGGUUGUAAAUGACAAAAUGGUGUGUCGGAAAUGGUGAACUGCCCAUACUGGCCCCCUUAAUUUUAGUUAAGACUUCACACAAUGUUACAGUUACAGACAAAUAGUUCAAAACCGCUUUUGUGCAUGUGCAAUUUUUUUCUCAGUUUGUUCAAAUAACAAAGUUUUGUUGCUUUUUCUCUGCCUUCCAUUUUCACAUACAUCAUUUAUUCAAAGAAUUUCGGUCAUUUACUUUUUAAUCUCCAAGUAUAACUGCUUACAAAGCCAGGUUUAUCACUGGUUCUCUAUUGAAAAACAAGUCAUUUUUAUUUGGCAAGUCCUGUAUGUUUUAGUGUUAAAUGUUGUAUGUUAUUUAUUACCCUUAAACUGUUUCACCUCUUCCUUGUACAUAGGUCUGCUUGAAAAUACAUUGUACAGGAUAA